AUGCCGUUGUUCGGUGAAGCAGCAUCGCCGUAUGAUGAUGUGAUUGAAAAGGUCACUGCAGAAACAUGCACAAGCGAAAACUGGACUUUGAUAGUUGAUAUAUGCGAUAAGGUUGCGGCUGAACAAUCCAAGGGUGCAAAGAUGUGCUUGUUAUCAAUCAAAAAACGUUUGAAUCAUCGUGAUCCUCAUGUGGUUUUAUUAGCAUUGUCCGUUCUCGAUUCGUUAUGGAGUAACUGUGGUGUUCAUUUUCGUCGUGAAGUCUCAUCACGAGAGUUCUCACAAGAACUUGCUUCUAAAGCCACACAUAGCAAUCGAAGUGUGGGUGAGAAAACGCGUUUAAUGCUGAAGAAAUGGGCUGAGAACGAGUGUAAAACUGAUGCGUCAUUGGGUCUUAUUGAAUCGUUGUACAACAAUCUGGUCGCUGAAGGACAUUCGUUCGAAAGUGAUACGCCAUCUUCAAAAAUGAAGGUAUCAAUUCUGUGCAAGGUCAUCGCCAUCAAAACUCUGAUAUAUUUUCAGACAUUGAGCUCAGAUCCGAAUGUUGUGCAGAGCGCCGAAGAAGAAGAAGCACUAGCACGUGCUAUAGCAUUAUCGCUAGAUGAUACAAGUCGAAACUGCUCAAUUUAUCCGUCAACAAUCAAUAACGUUCAAAAUAAUGGCUCUACCUCAAAUAAGUGUGUUGAACGUGAUGUGCGUGCGCUGUACGAUUUUGAAGCGGCUGAAGACAAUGAACUGACAUUCGUGACUGGUGACAUAAUCACUGUUUUGGACGAUAGUGAUCAGAAUUGGUGGAAAGGUAGAUCGAGUCGUGGCGAAGGCUUAUUUCCAUCUAGUUUCGUCACUUCUCAGUUGAAUCCGUCACCAGAACCAGCAGCCAAUCCUGAUGAUAAUGCAGAUGACGAUAAACAAUCUCAGCAACAACAACCAGUUCGUGUGGCUCGUAUCGAUGAGUCCGUCCUCCUGGAAUGUCUCCGUUUAUUGGAAGACUGUGAUCCAACUGGUGAGAGGCCAGAUCCGCCAGAACUGGCUGAAGCCGAGAUCAACAGCCACGCACAGGUUAUUCUUCGUACUGAAUCUGCGUAA